ACGAAAACUCCAGACAAUCAAAACACGGAAGUUAUCAGUUUCCGUUGUUUACGAUGAUCAUCAGACGAUAAAAAGAUUGAUUUGGUUGGACUUUUGUUUAUUCAUCUUUCGCUUACAGCUUCCCUACGGAGGUCACUUCGUCUUCGCGUGUUGAAUUACAGCUACUAAGAGCAAAGACUGCAGUCAUGUUUAGUUUGUUUGGACUCCGAAAAGAUUCAAAGAAGACAACGACUGAGAGGGAAGCUGAUGGAGGCUUCGUCAUCAUUGGAGAGACGGUUGAAGAUCGGAGGAGAAAGAUGCAGACCAUGCACAUUACGCAGCCAUCAACAAAUGUUAUUGUGCAGCCAUCAAAGUUCUCGGGCACAGCCCCAGCUCCACCCAUCAACCCAAGGCUUCCUACAGUGUGCCAUCCCGCCAUGCCUGUACCAAUGCCUUUAGCCGCUGAUGUGAGUUCAUCUCUCCCAGACCUCCUUGGAGACAUCCCGUUCACCUUGGCGCCUCACGUCAUGGCUGUGCAAGAGGGGUACUCUCUGAUUCCUGAUGUGCUGCUGUCACGGGAUGUCGACUACAAUCUGGCUAAUUUUCAGUAUGACUUCACUUUGGAAAACUCUGUUAUUCGUAACUCGUAGACUGAAUUUUGUCAUCAGAAUGUUGACCAUGAGCUUACAGUGUGCUCGCCUUGGUUGCUCUGUUCUGUCUGCGGGUUGAACAGGAGAUUUGCGUUAAUCAUGGUCUUCAUUCACAAUGUGUAGAAGAAGACCGUCUGAAUGUGCAUCAAGAAUAGCUGAUGGUGUACAUUUUUUAAGCAAACGUAGUCAUUGUGCUGUGACGUCCAAGUUCUUUGGGAAAGUUUUGAAGUUAUUUUUAAGGGUGCAGCAGCCACGUAAUGAAUAACAGUGAUUGGAGAUGUGAGCUGAGUGUAGACGUAGUCAGCCCAGCAUCAACCACUGCGCCAUGUCUGGCCUCCACUUCUUCCUUUCUUGCCAAUCAUUGAUCUUUUCAUCCAAAGUACAGCGUGUUUAAGUUUGGUGAGUAUAACUAAUGGCAAGUCAUUGUCACGUCACUGUACACACAAAGCAACAUUAAAACAUAUUCCUCACCUAAUUAACCAAUUUUCAUAAUGCUUGAUGAAUUUGGACGUGGCCUGCAGUGAAAACCAUUCAGUUUGAGCUCACUCUUAAAAAACAACAAAAAAA